CUCCGAAACUGUCUGCCUUUAAAAAAAACAGACGGCCACGCUUGCCACUAAAAUCGUUUUUUGGGCUUUUGUCCCAUUUAUUUCGUUCUAAUAUUGCUGUAUUUACCACGUAACCACUCAAAACUUACAAGUGAAAACCACAUACUAACCAUGGCAGAUUUAGAUGAUUUCUUCGCAAAGAAAGACCGCAAAAAGUCCAAGUCGGUCAAGAAGUUCGCCACUACCGAUGAAGUUGCAAAAAAACUAGAUGAUCCCAAGCAGAAAUCAGAUGUUCGGCCGAAGAAAGAACGGCCAGUGCAAGAAGGCGAGGAGGGCGGCCGCGCCGGGGAGGAGGAAGAAUGGAAAGAAUACGAGGAGCCGGUGAAAGACUACACGGGCCUGAAGAUCCAGGUGCUUCAGGGUGGCAACGGCCAGCAGGACUCCGGUCGGGACUCGGCCGGCGAGGAGUGCGGUCCGAAUGAGGGAGUCAAAGGGAAGGGGCCGUGGAAUAAACCUGCGGAGUCCCAGGAGCAGGCGCCGCCGCCGCCGCCGGUGGAGGAGCCAAAGCCGCCCAAAGAAGCGCCCAAGUCCACGGCCUAUGUCCCCCCUGUGGCGCGGAACCGGCCCACCGCCGAGCCCAUGGCCAAACGGAACCAGUCGAAACACGCGCCUGACAUCCACAACGACGACUUCUUCCCGGUGCUGGGCGCCGCGCCCGGCGGCAAGCGCGGCGGCUGGAGCACCGCCGGCGGACAGGGCUCGGCGCCGCGCGCGUCCGCGCCGCCCGCGCCGCUCGCGCUCGGGAACCGCUUCAACACGCUCACCGACGACAGCUAGCCAGGAACUAGAAACAGGCAGCGACGCGGCGAAUUGUGAAGUGAAGUGUAACUAUGGACUUGUAAGCAAAGCAAGGCACGAAGCAUAUAUCUACCAACAGUGUUAACAUACAUACAACCGGUGCAUAACUCUAUAUACAGCAAGUGAAAUAGACCGAGCAUUUAUUGUACAAAAAUCUGUUUGUUUUGACAUCGCCAGAAUCAAUAAUUUAUUGUGAAAAGUGAACAAAAUGCGAGUAUGUGCUCUAAAUUGUAGGUUAUAAAACAACCGCCAUUUUGUUUAAAGAUUUUUUAAUUGUAUUUUAUGCAGGCAAGGAUAUUUUUUCUGAGGGACUGUUUCAAGUUUAUGUAGUCAAUAUUGAAAUUAUAUAUACCUAUGUUCUGACCCCAAAAUAAAUAGAUUUUUGUAUAAAAACGCAUCUGAUUUCAGUCCUAUAAACCGUAUUUUUUAAAAUAGACUUAUCUAGUGGCAGUGGCAAGCGUAUUUCGACUUCAAAACGUCUGUAUUUUUUAAACUGGCAAGAAAUGCCUGCAAAAUGUUGCCAGAUGAAAUUACCAAUACUAUUUAUAAAUAUUAUUCCGUAUACCUAUUUUGUGUGCUCGAUAAAAUUAAAAGAACUAAGUUGCCGUAGGACUAUAAAAAAUGCUUAUUAAAUUUUGUAUCAAAUAAAAUUAUUGUUAUAGUAAUUCAAAUAUUAAUAAGUACCUAGCUUAUCUGAACUGAUUUAGAUUUUCUUUGGUUAGUUAACAUUUAAACAAUGUUUAUGUUUAUUAGCGGAGAAAUAUUACAGAUAAUACGGCAACUAUCUUCAAAAAUGAUUGUAAAUGUUGAAAAUGAAAGUGUGAAACUUAUUUGUAUUGCUGUUAUGUUUUUAUGUUUAUAUAACGCAAAAAAUACUGAUGACUGGUUCAUUCAACUGACAAAAAAAGGAAAAAUAACUGUUAACUUCAAAAUUACGAAUUUAAACAAGAAAAUACUUAUAUUGUAAAAAUCAUGUGUUAAGUUUCAUAAUGAAUGAGCGUGGAUCGCAUUUAAAAAUGGAAAAAUAAUUGAUUUUGUUUUGGGUAUUGUACAAUUGAGCAGAGCUUAGCGAUGUAUAAAGUUUGGUAACAGGAAAUCAUUCAAAAAUAUGUUGUAUGUACCAUAGGAAUAAAUUAUAU